UUAAGUUUCCCACAUGCGAGUGUGACUUACAAAUAGAAACAAACUCAAAGUGACAAAAUCAAACCUACAAAACUUUCACCAUUCUCAAGAGCCAAUAUCUUGCCGUUCACCAUUUUCCGACUCUCAAACUUUCUUGUACUUAUACCCCGUAUAUCCUUCUGCCGAAUUCCAUACAAAAGAAACAAACACCUCAAAACGAACAUCCAACUGUUUGUUUCUUUUGUCUUAAUUUCUAAAACCAACUUUUUCCUUUUCAGCAAAAGCCUUUCUUUGUACCUUGGUUUUGCCUUAUAUAACUCCCCCACAACUAAACAUCUUUUCCCGUGAGUACUGCUGGUCAGACGACUUAUACGAAUUAAAAAAAAAAAAAAAAAAUCUAUAUAGAUGGAAGUUUCUUAUAAUCCCGAGAUUACAGACCGGAAGUUCACCCUUCCGGUCGACUCGGAACACAAAGCAACUGAAUUCCGCUUAUUUUCAGUUGCUACACCUCACAUGAGAGCUUUUCAUCUCUCGUGGAUCUCGUUCUUUUCGUGCUUUGUCUCCACUUUUGCCGCACCCCCACUUCUUCCCAUUAUCCGGGACAAUCUCAAUUUAACCGCCACGGACAUUGGCAAUGCUGGGAUUGCUGCAGUGUCUGGGGCGGUUUUUGCUCGUAUUGCUAUGGGGACCGCAUGUGAUCUUUUUGGUCCCCGUUUAGCAUCCUCCUCACUCAUCCUCCUAACAGCUCCUGCAGUCUAUCUUAGCGCCAUAGCCAACUCCCCCGCGACUUUCUUAAUGGUCCGCUUCUUCACCGGCUUUUCAUUAGCCACUUUCGUCUCAACCCAAUUUUGGAUGAGCUCCAUGUUCUCCCCUAAUGUCGUUGGGACCGCCAACGGUCUGUCAGGCGGGUGGGGCAACCUCGGUGGAGGCGCCACACAGCUUAUCAUGCCACUUGUUUACUCUUUAAUCAAUUCUCAUAUUGGUUCGACUAGCUUCACAGCUUGGCGAAUUGCGUUUUUCAUUCCGGCAACUUUUCAAAUGCUUAGUGCAUUCGCCAUUUUCUUUCUCGGCCAAGACAUGCCCGAUGGAAACUACGUUAGGCUCGAAAAAUCCGGUGAAAAACAUAAAGAUAGCUUCUCACAAGUCUUCUAUCAUGCCAUCACAAAUUAUAGGGCAUGGAUCUUGGCAUUGACUUAUGGGUAUUGUUUCGGAGUGGAAUUAACAAUAGACAACAUAAUUGCGCAGUAUUUUUACGAUAGAUUUAAUGUGAACCUGCACACGGCGGGGAUCAUUGCAGCCAGUUUCGGGCUGGCGAAUUUGUUCUCUAGGCCGGGUGGCGGGAUGUUGUCGGAUUUGGUUGCCAAGAGGUUCGGAAUGAGGGGGAGGUUGUGGACUUUGUGGGUGGUGCAGAUGAUAGGGGGGUUGUUGUGUGUGUUGCUAGGGAAAAUUGGAUCAUUGAGUGGCUCCAUAACUGUAAUGCUUGUGUUCUCUGUUUUUGUUCAAGCUGCUUGUGGACUUACAUUUGGUGUUGUACCCUUUGUUUCUCGACGGUCACUCGGGGUGGUAUCAGGGAUGACCGGUGGAGGCGGAAAUGUAGGGGCUGUUUUGACACAAGUAAUAUUCUUUAGGGGGUCAAGAUACUCAACAGAAGAAGGUUUAACAUUAAUGGGAGUUAUGAUAAUGUGUUGUUCCCUUGCAAUUCUUUUCAUAUAUUUCCCACAAUGGGGUGGUUUAUUUACUGGGCCUAAAAAAGGUUGCACAGAAGAAGAUUAUUAUUUGUCUGAAUGGUCUACAACUGAAAAAGAACAAGGAUUUCACAAAAUGAGUAUGAAGUUUUCUGAAAAUAGUAGAAGGGAGAGAGGCAAAAAAGGUGUUUUUGCUCCAAUUCCAUUUGAUCAAGGAACCCCUCAAACUAAUGUAUGAUUGUAUUUUAGACACUUUUAUAAUUUAAUGUUUGGCGAAGAAGUUAUAAGAAAUGCGCUUUUGGUGCGUAUAAGUGAUAGUUAAUUUGAUGACCGCUCCUUGUAUUAGUAACACUUGUAUAUUGUUGUGGGUUGAAUACUUGACAUGUUUUUUUAAAGA